AUGGCGGUCUUCCGUGCACAAGAUCCGGCGUGGACUGGCGACCUGGAUGCUUGGGCCUUGACGGACUGCGAUAGGGCCACCUCCAUGGAAAUAGAUUAUGACGGCAUUUGUUCGCGUUGCUAUCGAAAGGAUGAGAAACGUGGCCCCGACGAGCCUUACUUCUUCUCUGCGGAAAACCAGCUCGACUUUGGCCCCGUACCGACCCGAUUGCCCGAGCUCACACCUACCGAAGAGGCAUUGAUUGCUCGUGUCCAUGUCCACGUGAACAUUAUGCUUGUGCGGGGGCAGCAGUACAAGUAUCGAGGGCACGUCGUUCACUUUCUCCGCGAGGUUGGCUUGGUGUACAACCAGCUCCCUCUCCUGCCGCGGGAGUUGAACACGGUGUUGCUGCGUCCUGCCAACACGUCGUCACACGCUAAUCUCAGCCGGCAAUUCACCCGCCAGUUCCGCGUGCGUCGCCAGGCGGUUAUGAUAUGGCUAGACUACCUGCGCCAUCAUCAUCCUGGCUAUCGAUCCAUCGCGAUCGACGACGAGCGACUGAGCCAACUGCCCGAGGACGGCAAUGUGGUGGACGCCAUCCCCCAAAGUCAGGUGGAGGCUGCCGAUGUGGGACCGGAGGAAGAUCAGGAGGCAGAGCAUGACCUAGAGGAUGCGGCUGCGGUGCCUGACCUGUUGGCCAAGGACACGGAGCUGGAUGCUCUGCGGUCUAUUCUCGUGGACGGCAGAGCCGACUUUGUGGAGCCUCGCUUGCGGUCCAUUGAGUACAAGGAUUACAUCGAGCACGCGAUGCGGUGGCACGACGGCCGUUUUGCGCGCCAUCCAACCUUCCGCUUUGUCGCAUUCAACACCCUGAUGCGGUCCCAAGCACGUGCGAGGUCCAAAUUCUUCGUGAAGCAACACGAUGGCACCCGUGAGCCGCUCACGCGAGAGCAGCUUAUUCAGGCGCUCGAACACGCUGAGGAUCCACGGGCGCAGGCGCUGAUCAACUCGAUCACAAGAAAGAGGCAGGACCUCGAGGCGUAUGCCUACAGCUUGGGUUGUCCUGGCGCAUUCAUCACAUUUAGCCCGGCUGAUUUACACUGGCGGAGCCUCUACCAACACAUGCCCCGAUAUGAAGAAUGGCUGGGCGCGUCCGAGCCGGAAAGGAUGGCAUUGUCGCGAACGAAGUUUAACGUGACGGAUUACUGGGGCCGGUAUGAAUGGCAAGGGCGUGGGAGUCCACACAACCACGGUCUGUACUGGAUGGAGAAUGGCCCGGUAGCCGACAUGAGGGAUGAAACCGCUCGCGACCUUUUUGCACGCACGUGGGGAUUCCACAUCACUGCCAUUAACCCGGAGCCGAACAGGACAAUGCCCCAGGGUGAAGGGAAUCCCCUGAGUGUGGAUCCGCUGGGCGUAGAGAUGACAUUCCUGCGGCUCUCGCAAAUCGUCAACCGCUGCCAGCGCCACAGAUGCAAUACCGCGUACUGCUUGCGGGUCCGAAAGAGAAGUGGGGACCUGGCGAACGAUAUGCAAGGGGCUGCAGCCGAUAUCGAGGCGGCCAAUGUCGCCGAUCCGGAGAGGGAGUGUCGUUUCAACUUCCCCCGUGCCUUGCGGGAGCUAGCCGCAGUCAUCAGGAAAGAAGGUAAGUCAUAUUACAUCUUCGAGGCAGCCCGCAACGACAGCCUCAUGAACCACUUCAAUCCUGCCAUCAUUCUGGGCUGGCUGGCCAAUAUCGACAUAUCGCCCUGCACCAGCUUACAGGCAGUCAUUACGUAUGCUGCCAAGUAUUGCAGCAAAUCGGAGAAGAAGACGGAGCCUUACUGCAAGCUCGCAGAUCAGGUUUUGCCGCAUACAGCACACCACCAGCCCCUGUUGUCCUUCUCCUCUCGCCUUAUGAAUAAGUUGAUUGCCGAGAGAGAUUAUUCAGCGCAGGAAAUUUCCCACUUGCUGCUCAACAUCCCUCUGCAGGAAGGCACUCGGAUGGUUGUAUACGUCGACUGCCGUCCGUUGGAGCAGCAUGUGCGGUCGUUCCGCGUCGACGAGGAUUCCUACAAUCUCAAGACGUGGAGGAGACUCGGUGCGAACGCGAAGAAGAGGUUGAUGAUGGCCCAUCCGCAUCGCUCUCCGGAGGAGCUGCUUGCUGUGGACGGGCAGCCGUUUGAGUCCUUUGCGGCGGCGUACCAGUGCUGCCGGCAGCGACACCAUUUCCAUGAGGACGACCAUUACGGCGAGGUGGGAGCAAAUGAUCUGCAGGCAGAGGACGAUGAGUUUCAGCGGGAGGAGCACGAAGAGCCUGUCGUGGAGGAAGAUUGGCAUGAACUCGCCCGUAUGCUGCCAGACCAUCCGCUGGAGGAGGAGGAUAUCGACGUGCUGGGCCGGCGAGAUGUCGACGGCGACUUCUGGAAGCAACGCAAAGCCGAAAAUCCCUUCACCUUGAUGUGGAUCAUCAGCCGCUGGAGUUGUUACUCCAUGUGGACGGCGGCGGUGGCACGGGCAAAUCAUACCUCAUCAAUCUGCUUUCGGCGCACCUCCAAGCCGCCUCGGGCGGAAGAGGACGCCUGUUUGGCGUGCCGCGCCCACGGGCGUUGCGGAAAUCAGAUAUCGGGCACUACCUUGCACUCCCUGCUGCACCUCCCCAUCAACAAGGACUUCAAGCCCCUGUCAGCGAUCGACAAAGCUCAGCUCCAGAAGAAGCUAAAGGAUGUCAAGUACCUGAUCGUCGAUGAGAAGAGCAUGCUGGGUCUGCGACAGCUGUCAUGGAUUGAUGACCGUCUCCGUGAGGCGUUCCCGAAUAGAAAUGAGGAGUUCUUUGGUGGUCUUAAUAUCCUCCUGGUUGGCGACUUCUUUCAGCUUCCCCCUGUACUGCAGAAGCCUCUUUAUUACGACAAGGAGGUGCAGGGGGUAGAGAUCAAGGGCAGGAACGCAUAUCGGCGCUUCGACAAGACGGUUUUCUUGAAGGUUGCCCAGCGUCAGCGCGGCAACGAUCAGGCAGCGUUUCGCUCAGCUCUUGAGGAAUUGCGGCUGCUCCAACUCUCUAUGGAGUCCUGGAAGCUCCUCUCCAGCCGUGUUCAGGCGAAGCUGGACGAUCAGGAGGUUGCCAAGUUCGUCAAUUCCCUACGAGUAUACGCCACGAAAGACAGGGUCAUGGCUAAGAACGUUGGCCCCGGUGCUGCUGCUGCUCCUGACGACAAGCCGGUUGGCCUCUGCAACGGUGCACGUGACCCUCCCUGCGUGAUCAUGAUGGAGUUUGACAAGUACCGGGACUUCCUCGUCGGAGCCACACUCUGCACUCGUACGCAGUUUCCCCUGAUCGUGUGCUACGCCAUUACAGUUCACAAGUCGCAGAGCAUCACCGAAGACAUGAUCGUGACGGAUCUGUCGUGCCGUGACUUUCAGACCGGUUUGAGCUACGUGGCCGUCUCGCGUGUGAAAACGCUGCAGGGUCUGAUGCUGGAUGCCCCGUUUGACCGCAAUCACCUGACUUAUGCGUCGCCGCCGGAAGGAAUUAAGAUGAAAAUGAAGGAUCAACAACUUCGCAAACGACAGGUUCUUACCCAGAAUCCGUAUAAGAUAGGCGACGGGUCUACGUAA